AUGGAUCUAUGCAACGACAGUGGUAUUGGGGAAAGAAUAUCAGAAAUCAUAGUUGACACAAAUGAUAAACUUGAUGAUCAUUCAAGAUUUGCUGAUAGCGAUGCAUUGUUAUCGGAAUCUGCAGAUGCAUGGAUUGUGAAAAACAACAGCCGGGAAUUAUCGUCUGGAGCGCUCAUGGCCGAAAUGAAGACAUCUGAACUUCGAAAGCUCAAGCAUUCUGAACCGCAUCUUAUAGCAGAUGAAAUAAUACCGGAAGAGGAGAUUCGGAAAUUGGAGUUUGAAUCUAUUGGGUUAAUCAACCGAGAGUAUCAAAUAUCUUGCCUGAAAACCUGCUUGAAUCGGAUGCUGGGCGGCUCACCUGAAAUCAACAAUGAAGAAACGAAGGAAGUUGAAGAAUCUAGCAAAAAGGAACUGGUAUUUCUCAAGGGGUUAUCAGGAUCGGGGAAGUCUGCUGUCGCGAAUACGUUAGAGUCUGAUGUUUUGAGAUAUACUUCUGGAAUGUUCGUGGUUGGAAAGUUCGACCAAACUACAAGCGAUAAGCCAUAUUCUGGCGUCGCCAAGGCUUUUGGCGUAAUAUGUGAGAGAAUUGGACAAAUGCCCGAUGAUGUCAAGAAGAUUGAAGCAGAAAUCCUGGAAACUUUUGGAAACGAUGUGGAGGAGCUGAUUGAUCUUAUACCGCAACUCAAAUACAUCAUCAAAGAGUAUCCCACAUCAGCCAUUUCAGAUACCGAAGAUCACAGUCUUGAGAGUGGACAGGAACGUCUGCGUUUCGCCUUCCGUGCCUUGACUCGAGUUUUCAGUGCUGUUUUCUCACCCUUGGUACUGGUCCUUGAUGACUUGCAGUGGUCCGACAUUUCUUCAUUACAAAUUCUGGAUUAUUUGAUUACAGAUACACAAAAUCCAAACCCACUCAUGGUUAUUGGGUGCUACCGAUCAGACAAGGUCGACGAGAACAGUGUUCUAAGCAACAAGAUCCUCGCACUGAAAAGGAAGCGAAACACAUGUUCUUUCAACAUGACAGAAUUGAAAAUGGAUGCGUUCACUGCCGAUGACAUUUUUGGUCUUAUCCAAUCGCGAAUGCGAGCAGACCAUGAUGCCAAAACCAAACGUCUUGCAACACUAUGCGUAAAGAGAACGAUGGGCAAUCCAUAUUUCGUUCUCGAGUUCCUGAAAAUGUUGAAGUUUGAAGGAUUGUUGACGUUCGAUGCCGAAGGCCACAAUUGGAUGUGGGAUCUUUCUCAGAUUAAAGAGGUAACAAUGUCUACUGCCAAUGUUGUAGUGCUAUUGCAACGAAAGAUUCAAAAAAUGCCCAGUCAAGUUCAACGUCUGCUGCAAUAUGCAGCCUGCAUUGGAUCAUCCUUCAGUUUGCCAACAUUAGAACUGGUUUGGAAGAAGUCGAGCAUUAUCAAUAAUCAAGAGUCACUGGAACCUUUUGAGACGCUGAUUGCCACGGCAGAAGAAAAUUUCUUCAUCGAAAAGUAUGAUUCCAACCACUACAGAUGGGUCCACGACAAAGUACAAGAGGCGGCUUUGCUAUUGAAGCUGAGAUCCAAGGCCGCUUUUCAGCUGGAUGUUGGAUCGUCAUUAUACUAUUGCUUGGAUGAGAAAACCUUGGAAGAAGAACUAUUCAACGUUGCGGACAUUAUUAACAGUGGAAACGUCAAUAAGCGCCCCGAGUUUGCCAGAUUGAACCUGCGAGCUGCAGAGAAAGCGAAGGGGGUCUUCGCCAUUCAAAGCGCAGCCAAUUAUGCGGCCAAAGGAAUCGAGCUUUUGCAAGAAGGCACCAUGUCGACAAAUCGUGUCUUGACACUCAAACUUUAUACGAUUGGUGCAGAGAUGGAGCUGGCAUUGGGUAAUGGUGAGCAGGCUGAAAUGUACAGCAAGGAGAUUCUGAGCCGAGACGAUUAUAGCACAGUGGAAAAGAUUCCGUUGAAGAUUGCAUCUGUACGAAAGCUCUCAGUCGUGGAUUCAAAUUUCCGUCAGUCCAUUGAAGUGGGACUGGAACUUCUGAGGGAGAUGGGACAUCCUCUUGUUCGGAGCAGAAGAAUGUUGACGGUUCAAGCAAUUGCUGCGUUGAAGAUCACAGUCCAACGAGUAAAGACCGCGCCUGCGGCAAAGGACUUGCAUAAAACCUUCAGUCUUGCCACUGACCAAAAACACAAGAUGUGCAUUCUGCUGCUUGGGAAUAUGUGCUUCUCCACCUAUCAAACAAAGGAAACUAUUCUGCACAUUUUGUGUGUGUGUAGGCUUGUACAAAUGACAUUGGACCAUGGUAUAGCUCCCGACUCUGGGCCCGGUUUUGCAGGGUUGGGUUUGAUGGCUGCGCAUGUCCAUGGGGAUUUCGAAACAGGAUAUGAGAUUGCUGAAAGAGGGCUCGCAAUACAAAAGAUUGCUGGAAAAUACCGUGAAGGUGCCACAGUCUUUACUGCUUAUUCCUUUCCGCUCGCUUGGAAGCUAAGAUUGGAGGCUGUGCUGAAACCCCUAUCUGAGGGAUAUGCUUCCUCCAUGAGAGUCGGCGAUCCAACACAUGCGAUGUGGACAUUGAUUUCUCGUCACAUUUGGAUACCCUACAUGAUUGGAAGGCCUCUAAGUGAUAUCAUGAAGGAGUUACCGUUGAUUCAGUCCCAAAUGGAGGAACUCUCAAAGUAUGAGCAACUUGUCAUCGUCAAAGUUUUUUGGCAGAUGGUUCUGAACAUGAGAUCAAAUUCUCCACAUGCCCACAAGUUGGAAGGCCACAUAUUCACUCGAAAUGAAUACGACGAAGGCAAAUCGUUGCAGGUUGGAACAGUGCAUUUCGCCGAGGGAGAAUUGCUUGUUUUCUUCAAGCCCGAGGAAGCUGCGGAUCGAGCUAUUCGCCAUGCCAAAACAUUUUCCAAGCUUUGUCCGUGCAUGUGUGUUGGAAUGAUUGAAACAUUUCAUCGUGGAGUUGCCUUAUAUAUCAUGGCUCGAAAGACCAAACGACGGAAGUAUAAGUCGCAUGCCAGCAAGAUUCGCAAAACCAUCAAGAAGUGGCUUGAGGCCGGCAAUCCGAACGUGGAACAUUACGAUCUACUACUGGAUGCCGAACACGCCGCCUUGAACAAAUCAUCCUACGAUCGCGCCGAAAAGCUGUACUUGGAAGCCAUCGAGCUGGCAUCCAGAAUGGGAUACUUGCACCACGCAGGUUUGUUCAAUGAACGAUAUGCCGAUUUCUUGAGUCAUGAGCGAAAAGAUUUGGAAGAGUCGGUUCAUUUCUUGAACGAAGCCAUUCGGUUCUAUGAACAGUGGGGAGCGACCAAGAAGGUCAAGAUGCUGACGAAUUCCUCCAAAGGCGGAUGA